AUGGCUGCUGCUGCGACUUCUUCUGAGCGAUGGAUUGAUAGUCUUCAGCUCUCUUCAUUGUUCUGGCCUCCCCCACAAGAUAUCCACCAGAGAAAGGCACAAGUUACUGCUUAUGUCAAGUAUUUUGGACAAUUCACAUCUGAGCAAUUUCCUGAUGACAUAGCUGAGUUGAUCCGCAGUCGUUAUCCAUCAGCAGAGAAACGCCUUUUUGAUGAAGUUCUGGCUACAUUUGUCCUACAUCAUCCAGAGCAUGGCCAUGCAGUGGUGCUUCCAAUUAUCUCAUGUUUGAUCGAUGGUACUCUGGUUUACGAUAAAAGCAAUCCUCCAUUUGCUUCUUUCAUAUCUCUAGUCUGCCCGAGGAGUGAGAAUGAAUACUCUGAGCAGUGGGCUCUUGCAUGUGGGGAGAUCUUACGGAUUUUAACUCAUUAUAACCGCCCAAUAUACAAGAAACAGAAUACUGAAUCAGAUAGAAGCAGUAGUGGUAGUCAUGCAACUACAAGUCAGUCAACAGACGGGAAAUCCUGCAGUUCACCGCCGGUACAGCAGGAAAGGAGACCUUUAAGGCCUUUGUCUCCAUGGAUUACUGAUAUAUUACUUGCUGCACCUCUUGGUAUCAGAAGUGACUACUUCCGCUGGUGCAGUGGUGUUAUGGGUAAAUAUGCAGCUGGAGAGCUCAAGCCACCAAUAACUGCUUCUUCUCAUGGAUCUGGGAAGCAUCCUCAGCUGAUGCCAUCAACUCCAAGAUGGGCUGUCGCAAAUGGUGCUGGUGUCAUACUAAGUGUGUGUGAUGAGGAAGUUGCUCGAUAUGAGACUGCAACGUUAACUGCAGUUGCUGUCCCUGCUCUCUUACUCCCUCCUCCAACUACAGCUUUGGAUGAGCAUUUAGUUGCCGGGCUGCCAGCUCUGGAGCCGUACGCACGUUUGUUUCAUAGAUAUUAUGCCAUUGCGACACCUAGUGCAACACAAAGACUGCUUCUUGGACUCUUAGAAGCACCUCCAUCAUGGGCUCCAGAUGCACUCGAUGCUGCAGUACAGCUCGUGGAACUCCUCCGAGCGGCAGAAGAUUAUGCAAAUGGCAUCCGACUUCCCAGGAACUGGAUGCAUUUGCAUUUCUUGCGUGCAAUAGGGACUGCAAUGUCGAUGGGACCCGGAAUUGCUGCCGAUGCUGCUGCUGCUCUACUCUUCCGUAUAUUAUCGCAGCCUGCAUUGCUCUUCCCCCCUCUGAGACAAGUUGACGGAGUCAAAGUUCAGCAUGAACCUUUGGGUGAAUACAUCUCAAGCUACAGAAGACAGAUAGAAGUACCAGCCGCUGAAGCAACCAUCGAAGCUACUGCCCAGGGAAUUGCAUCCAUGCUAUGUGCACAUGGUCCUGAAGUAGAGUGGAGAAUCUGCACCAUAUGGGAAGCUGCCUACGGCCUAAUUCCUCUUGGUUCAUCGGUUGUUGAUCUCCCCGAAAUCAUCGUUGCAGCUCCACUUCAACCUCCAACACUUUCAUGGAACCUCUACAUUCCUCUACUGAAAGUCCUUGAGUACCUCCCCCGUGGAAGCCCCUCGGAAGCAUGUCUAAUGAAGAUAUUUGUCGCCACCGUUGAAGCUAUCCUCUGCCGGACAUUCCCAUCGGAAUCUUCUUCCUCUGUCACUGAACAAGCGAGUAAAACAAUGAGUUAUUAUCAUCAGUCUGCUUCCAAAAACCUCGCUGUAGCAGAACUCCGCACUAUGGUGCACUCGCUCUUCCUCGAAUCCUGUGCUGCACCAGAGCUGGCUUCCCGCUUGCUCUUUGUAGUGUUGACUGUCUGUGUCAGCCAUGAAGCUCAGACUUCAAAUGGCGGCAACAAGAGACAGAGAGGCGGCGAUUUGAGGUCUAGGAAGACAAAGAAGCAAGGGCCUGUUGCUGCCUUUGAUUCGUAUGUUCUCGCCGCUGUUUGUGCCCUAGCUUGCGAGCUCCAGCUGUUCCCUUUCAUUUCUCCUCAUGGUGGGAUGAACAACAGCAGCAAUUCACAGUGCGGAGAAGCCAAAUUACCUGCAAAGAUGAGUAAUGGAUCAUCUUCAGCGAUUGGUGAUAUGAGGAGCAGCAUCGAUUCUGCGAUCAAUCAUACUCGGCGAUUGCUGGCAAUUCUGGAAGCUCUGUUCUCAUUGAAGCCGUCGUCCAUUGGGACAUCAUGGGGUUACAGCUCAAACGAGAUUGUUGCGGCAGCUAUGGUCGCAGCUCAUGUAUCGGAGCUAUUUCGGAGGUCGAAAGCUUGUAUGCAUGCUCUCGCUGUCUUCAUUCGCUGCAAAUGGGAUGAAGAGAUUUACAGCAGGGCUUCAUCGCUGUACAGCCUCAUCGACAUCCAUAGUAAAGCGGUGGCUUCCAUAGUAAACAAGGCAGAACCCUUGGAAGCGAGUUUUCCAGCACCUGUCUGGAACAAGUCCCUUCUGGCUUAUGAAGGUAAGAAGAAGAAUCGAAACGGAAGCAUUGGUGGUGUGUUUGAAACAGGUCAAUCAUCUGUUCAGCAACCUGGGGAAUCAUCAUAUCUAGAGGCGAAGGUGAAAUCAGGGAAGGGGGUUGAAGGGUUCUCGUUGGAUGCUUCGGAUUUGGCGAAUUUCCUGACAAAGGAUAGGCACCUUGGAUUCAGUUGCAGUGCGCAAGUUCUGCUGAGAUCGGUUCUUGCUGAGAAACAAGAACUGUGCUUCUCAGUUGUCUCUUUGCUGUGGCACAAGUUGAUAGCAGCACCCGAAACCCAGCCUAGUGCCGAAAGCACUUCUGCCCAGCAAGGAUGGAGACAGGUCGUUGAUGCUAUGUGCAAUGUGGUGUCAGCUUCGCCAGCGAAAGCAGCUACUGCAGUUGUUCUUCAGGCGGAUAGGGAAUUGCAACCUUGGAUUGCCAAAGAUGACGAGAACAGUCAAAAGAUAUGGCGAGUCAACCAGCGGAUAGUCAAGCUAAUUGGUGAGCUCAUGCGAAAUCAUGACACUCCUGAAUCAUUGGUGAUAUUAGCGAGUGCGUCAGAUCUGCUUCUAAGAGCCACAGAUGGGAUGCUUGUUGAUGGGGAAGCUUGCACUUUGCCUCAAUUAGAGCUACUGGAAGCAACAGCGAGAGCAGUUCGGCCAGUGGUGACUUGGGGAGAAACGGGAUGUGCUGUUGCGGAUGGUCUCUCGAAUCUCCUCAAGUGUCGUCUACCAGCAACAGUCCGAUGUCUAUCUCACCCCAGUGCUCACGUCCGAGCUCUGAGCAUGUCGGUACUCCGGGACAUCCUGCACAACACGUCGAUAAAAACGUUCCACAAGCAUGCCGAGAAGAAUGGCGCCAACGGCACUCGUUCCUCGUACCAGUACUUCAAUGUCGACGUCAUCGACUGGCAAGCAGACAUCGACAAGUGUUUGGCAUGGGAAGCUCACAGCCAACUUGCGAGAGGGAUGCCUAUCGAGUUUCUCGACACGGCAGCAAAGGAACUAGGUUGUACCAUCUCUAUCUGA